AGGCCCUCCUGAAGCUGGCCGAAAUUGUUUUCUGCCGUUUUAGGGUUUGUGAGGUAAACGAUGGCGACGAACCUCGGCCAGGCAAUAGAAAGCAAGGCUAUGGGUUUUGGCGAAUGCCUUUCUUCUCCCUUGCCGCCUCCACCUAAAAAAGCUAGGGUUGAAAACGAAGCUGAUGAAUUGGAAGUAGCCUACAAGAAGUUCGCAGAAGAGUUUGA